CGGUCUGUUCUUUCUGAUUGCAGAGAGAGUGGUUUCCAUGGACGAUCCUGCUCGUGUGCUGCAGCAGCUCAGUUAUUAUUUGCUGACGGUCAUAAUCGGUCUUGUUAUUCAUGGUUAUGUUCUCCUCCCGAUUAUUUACCUGAUCUUUGUUCGGAGGAACCCGUACAAGUACAUUUACGGGGUUCUCAAGGCGAUUUUCACGGCUCUUGGAACGGCCUCUAGUGCUGCGACUAUGCCUGUCACAAUGCAGUGCUGUAAAGAAAACAAUGGCGUCCACGAGAAGGCUGUGGAUUUCGUAAUUCCGAUCGGUACAACAAUUAACCUGGACGGUACCGCUCUGUAUGUAGCUGUGACAUCCGCCUUUAUUCUGCAAGUCAAUAAUAUCCCACUGGGUUUUGAUCAGAUCUUUACAGUCAGCAUCACUUCAAUUACGGCGUCCGUAGGACCAGGCGCACCCCAAGCUGCCUUCGUCAUCUUGGCAAUUGUGCUCACUGCUGUAGGCUUGCCACUGAAUGAUAUUCAGCUCGUCCUUGCCGUGGAUUGGUUCUUGGAUCGAUUGCUAACAAGCGUGAAUGUGUUGGGAGAUGCCUUUGGUGCUGGAAUAGUAGAACAUUUAUCCCGUCAUGACUUGCACAAAAUGGACGCAAUUGCAGAGACGGUGUCAGCUGAAGCCGGAAAUGCAUCUGAUAGCAGAAUCGGUUUGACCAGUGAAAAUGGUCACAUAAACGAGUGAAACGCCCGAAUUGGAUAAUAAAUGUAUGCAUGCUAUUAGACGCACCCAAGCAAAUAAGGUUUUUGCCAUUGCAAAAUAUGAUGCCUCACUGGAGUUUAGGCCCUACUACUGGUU